AUGUCCCGAGAAAUUGUCGUGUGGGGACAGCGCGCUCAGGGUUCCGCAGACAGCAUAGACAGAGCUGCCGCUGAUCGGGCAGCAACAGAGUAUAGGAAACUGAUAAGGCACUGGGAAGCUGGGGUAGCUGAAAUACUUAAUCUUCAAGGUUUCUCGCGGUUCCUGCUCCCGCCACCAUACACAGAGUUGCAAGCCGCAGCACGCCAUGGCCCAGUUAUCAUCCUCAUUACGAGUCAAUACUCAUGCAGCGCCAUUGUUGUCCCAACGUCAGGAGAGCCCCACCAUGUUCGCUUCCCGCGCAUUACUCUCGCAGAUCUGGAGAAGCUCAAGGACGAUUUCGCCACCGCAAUCCGGCACACGGCUCAUACGCGCCUAGAUAUGCCAAGGAUGAAGUUGCGAGUACUCUUGCGGAUAAUAUGGGACGAGAUAAUGCUACCCGUGGUUAAGGUCCUCCAGCAUGACCUGAAAUUGCGGCCUCAGGGCUCGAAUAUGGCUGUGUCCGACGGCAGCCUUCGCGUCCAUCCCUCGACCCCUUCCGAAUUAAUGCAGAUAACUCUGGGAGGGAGCCAUGCCGACAGGAUCUUUAUAUCUGCUCUUAUACGGCCAUUUUUGAGGGUCUUGACGGCCGAACAUCGAAAGGAGCUUCCGGGGGCCUAA